UGUAGAAGUAAAGAUGGGGAGGAGAAGAGAGACGGAUCGUUUGCGAUCGCAAACGCUUCCUUCAUCGCCGUCUCACUCUUUCUCCGCCUCCCCUUCUUCCUCAUCCGACUUCGAGUUCACAGUCUCACUCUCUCCACGGAAAACAUGUUCCACUCUCUGUCCGGCCGACGAGCUCUUCUACAAGGGCCAGCUCUUGCCUCUCCAUCUCUCUCCACGCAUUUCCAUGGUUCGAACCUUGCUCUUGGCGUCUCCAAGCACGUCCUCCUCCUCCGACAUCACCACCACCGCCUCACGUGACAGCGCUAGCUCGAAUGACUCCAAUUCCUCCUUCACCAGUGACUUGCUCGCUGCAGAGUGCGAAUCCUCCCGGCCUAGCUCCGCUGCCGAGGACGACGAGCUCAAGAGAUUCAACAACAGCCAACACUUAAACCAACAGAUCAAGAAGAGCAAGUACUUUUCAUUGGCGAGAUUCUCUUCUGUGUUCAAAAAGGAUCAGAAGACCCGAGACCCGAUCGAUAAUGUAUCCGGAAAAUCGGUCAAAAGAAUCAGUGCGACCGCAAAAGAGGUCAUAAGGAAGUAUCUGAAGAAGGUGAAGCCAUUAUAUGAGAAAUUAUCACAGAAACAGCAACAAAAAAUGGGAGGAGGAACCAUACAUGCAACGUCAGCGACAGCUAACACAGUCUGUUUGCCUAUGAAGCUAGAGAGAUCCGAUAAGGAUCCGGAUUUGCCGUUCAACAAUUCGAGAAAAGAAAGCAGUAGUGACAUGUUAUCCCACUCUUUUUCCGGGAAUUUAUGGUAUCCAAGUAGGAGAAGCUGCGUCUCGAGCUGUCCGUCUUCGAUGCGAUCAUCACCGAGUCACUCAGGCGUGCUCUGUCGAACCGGGUAUUCGGGUAUGGGCACGGGGCCGGUUGCCGUUGCUGAUUCAUCGUCUACGGAGGAGUUGCAGAGUGCUAUUCAAGGAGCAAUCGCUCAUUGCAAGAACUCCAUGAUGAACAAGAACAUGGUCAGUAUUGAAAUUUGAGAAAAUUAACCUAAUAAUUGCAUUACUUCUAAUCCUAAUUCUAUUUGUUUCGUAACUGUGAAACCCUGAUGAAUGAUGAUUCGAAUUUUCAUCCAUUAUUUUGGCAUGGAAAUCGAGGUUGGUUAGUGGGGAUUCUGGGGACAUUGGAAACUGUGUAGUGGGUUCUGGAUUUGUCAUGCACUGUAACUCAUCCAACCUUUUUAGGCUCUCCUUUUUGCCCUACUGUUGUGACGGUGUCCGCUUUUGCACUCAAUGAUUCGGGAAAGUGGAGCUGA